CGCUGUCUCCAUCUUUAGUGGUGCUUUUUCGCUUGACUUCUGUUCUACUCAGAAGUCCAGCCCAUCAACUCCAAUAACAAAUCCGGUUCAAACAAGUCUAAAGCAGCAGCUUGAAGGAGUAUUUAAAAGAAGGAAACUGAAGCGUUCACCAGUCAGUUCUCUGGCAGCACUUUUGAUACACUAAAUACCCCAUUUGGCUUCUGUCAUCUCUCAAAAUGCGUCAGAAAUUUCAUGAUGAAGGCUUGGAUACAUGGCACUGUAUUGGCCAAGGAGGUUUUGGUAGUGUCUAUAAAGUCAAAGCUGUGAACAUGGGACACGAUGUGGCCAUCAAGUUGAUUCACACUGGAGGUGACUUGGAUGAGGAAGUGAAGAAGGAGGCUAAUUAUCUCAAACUACUGUCCUGCAACUUUGUCCUGUCAAUCUACGGAAUGUAUGAGGGAACCCCACCUACUGAACAAAAGAAACAAAUUGGAAUGGUGAUGGAGUUCAUGAAGAGAGGAUCUGUUGAGACUCUUUGCAAAAACUUGUCAGGUCCUCCACCAUUUCCUCUGGCCUGCCGUUUGAUCCAUGAAGUGGCUUUAGGAAUGAAUUUCCUCCAUUCUCUGGGUAUCCUGCACCGUGACCUAAAACCUCAGAAUGUGAUGCUGUCAGAUGAACUUCAUGUCAGGCUGGCAGACUUUGGUCUGUGUACACAAUCCAUAUCUUUCAAUCCCAGCAUUCAAGAACCAACAGACACUGCUGGCACAGUAAAGUACAUGCCACCUGAAGCUUUUGAUCUUAACUAUAAACCUAGUCGUUCUUUUGACAGAUACAGCUUUGCUGUUCUUGUCUGGUCUAUCCUCUCUGGAAAAGAACCUUUUGAAGGUGUUCCUGCAGACUUAGUGGAGCUAAAAGUCCCUCUAGGUCAAAGACCUCCUCUUGAUGAGCUAUCAAAAAAAGAUACAGAGGGAAUGAAAGAUUUGCUGGAACUCAUGCAGAAGUGCUGGGAAGGUGAUCCAGACAAGAGGCCAAAAUUUGAUGAGUCUAUUGUCUGCACUGAGAAGGUGUUGUCAAAGCAUGAGCGAGAAAUGAACAAAGUGGUCUUUCAAGUUUUGGAGAAACUGGACUGGAACGCCACUAUGCCUUAAUCUGAGCCAUCAUUGUUUUAAUCACUUAAGUGAUUUUUUUUUUCUUCUCUUAUUUAUGUAUUAUGUCAGUGUGUUAUUCAAAAAGUAUCAAUGUGGUCAAAUGUGAGAAUUCAAUUUGUCUAAAACAAAUAAGAAUGACUAAAAAAAGUAAAUAUUAAACAUUACACUCUGAAAUAUCGUUUCGUUUUCCAUAAUUUCUGCCAAACUGUCUGCUAAGCAAACUAAAUAAAAUCUUUAUCUUCA